UGUAGGACUCGUAGGUAUCUAUUACCCUGUGCUGACAACCGGGCGGUAUGGCCAGUUUUGCUCUAUACUGCGAGGCAGAAUCAAAGAGCCAAUGAACAGAUCCUUUCGCUCACUCGACAGAGCGUUCAACAACCAAGUUUUCAGACAUAGUAAGUUCGCUCCGGGUCUGUAGGAAAAGUCAUCUUUCCACCAACCUGUCUCUUCCACUUCCCCUUGCCUCCCACCCAAAGGUUGGAGCGGAGGUCAAGGCCCUGCACGGAGCUGCCCGCCGACAACGGUCGCGUAUCGCCUCUGGUGGAUAGGAUCCGGUCAUCCGGAGCCUUCCACGGUCUGUAUUGACUCUGGGAUGACCCGCCAUGCUGCUGCUGCUGCUGCGGUCGUUACCGGGCGGCCAGGAAGGGCUUCACCCGCGCCCGCAGAUGGUGAUAAAUGUCCACGUGCAGCGCGAUCUGGAAGAGCACCAAGUCAGAUAGACGAUCGACCGCCCACUCGGGAAGCGAUUGCUGUGCAGUACAGCUCCCAGCGGAAGGUGGGCCAGUGGAUGAGCGCGGGUGCCCCCGCGUGGGGUCUGCCGCGCGAACGCUCGAUGUACGCCAGCCGACACGUGCGCAUCAGCGCGAGAUCCAUUCAGGUAUCGCACCCUUUCUCCGCGGAGCGGUGUUUCUCGACGUUCGCAUGGUCCCCGGACAUAGGUACAAGUGUCAUUGACAAUGAUGUUCCAGAGUGAGAACCAGCCGUGCUGGAGACGGGUUUCUGCGGGGGGACGCGUGAAAAAGGGGCUGGUGGUCUGCGGGUGAGGGGCUCGUGGUGCUGAGGUAGGGGUCUGUGCUGCGCGGGUUGGUUGGCAGGGUGUCUUGGGUAUUUUCGUGUCUCUCCUCUAUCCUCGGAUGAGGGUUGAUUGAUUAAUUUUGGUGUGUCUGAGCAAUUAUACAGGGGUUCAAGUUUCAUGAACAAGUUUCAUGAAGAAGACUGUAGUUAACUCACAGAUGAGGG